CGUCAACAAGCUUAUAAAUAGCAACGACAGUUGAAAAUCGAAUCAAAGUCGUUUGGAAAAAGCCAGAGCUUGUAUUUCCGAAGCGUACUCCCGUUUUUCUGCUCUUUUGUGGUGUAAUUUGUAAAACUCAACUACCAAAAUGCGUGAAUGUAUCUCAGUUCAUGUCGGCCAAGCCGGAGUCCAGAUCGGCAACGCCUGUUGGGAAUUGUACUGUUUGGAACAUGGAAUCCAACCCGACGGCCAAAUGCCCUCUGAUAAAACUGUCGGGGGCGGUGACGACAGUUUCAACACCUUCUUCAGCGAGACCGGUGCUGGAAAACACGUCCCGAGGGCCGUCUUCGUCGACUUGGAACCCACUGUCGUCGAUGAGGUCCGCACCGGGACUUACCGCCAGUUGUUCCACCCCGAACAAUUAAUCACUGGCAAAGAAGACGCCGCCAAUAACUACGCCAGAGGCCACUACACCAUUGGCAAGGAAAUCGUCGACUUGGUUUUGGACCGCAUCCGUAAAUUGGCCGAUCAAUGCACGGGGCUUCAAGGUUUCUUGAUUUUCCACUCGUUCGGUGGAGGCACCGGCUCAGGGUUCACUUCCUUGUUGAUGGAAAGAUUGUCGGUUGAUUACGGCAAAAAAUCGAAAUUGGAAUUCGCUAUUUACCCCGCACCUCAGGUUUCAACAGCCGUUGUGGAGCCGUACAACUCGAUCUUGACCACUCACACCACUUUGGAGCACUCUGACUGUGCCUUCAUGGUCGAUAAUGAGGCGAUCUACGACAUUUGUCGCCGAAACUUGGACAUCGAACGCCCGACUUACACCAACUUGAACAGAUUGAUCGGCCAAAUUGUCUCCUCAAUCACCGCUUCGUUGCGAUUCGAUGGCGCUUUGAACGUUGACUUGACCGAAUUCCAGACCAACUUGGUACCUUACCCACGUAUCCACUUCCCUCUAGUCACCUACGCCCCAGUCAUUUCCGCCGAGAAGGCCUACCAUGAACAAUUAUCCGUUGCGGAAAUCACCAACGCCUGCUUCGAGCCCGCCAACCAGAUGGUCAAAUGCGACCCACGUCAUGGUAAAUACAUGGCUUGCUGCAUGUUGUACCGUGGAGAUGUUGUCCCCAAGGAUGUCAACGCGGCUAUUGCCACCAUCAAGACCAAACGUACCAUUCAAUUCGUUGACUGGUGUCCAACUGGGUUCAAAGUUGGUAUCAACUACCAGCCACCCACCGUCGUGCCAGGAGGUGACUUGGCCAAGGUACAACGUGCUGUUUGCAUGUUGUCCAAUACCACUGCUAUCGCUGAAGCUUGGGCUCGUUUGGAUCAUAAAUUUGACUUGAUGUACGCCAAACGUGCUUUCGUCCACUGGUAUGUGGGUGAAGGUAUGGAAGAAGGUGAAUUCUCUGAAGCUCGUGAGGAUUUGGCCGCUUUGGAAAAGGAUUACGAAGAGGUCGGCAUGGACUCCGGAGAAGGAGAAGGCGAAGGUGGCGAAGAGUAUUAAACGACAAAUCGUUUAAAAAAUUUCGAAAUUUUCCGAUUUUUUUACGAAACUUUGAGUCUGAUUUAUUUCAAUACAUUUUUCCAACUCUG